CCUGUCAUGAAGACUGGUGAUAGUAGAAUCGUUAAAGUCGACAUAAAAAGCCUAUUAGAUUCGGACACUACACUGCAAAAACUCUAAAUUGCGAAAACAUUUGUGUCAUAGCAAUACUAGAGCAUUUCGUGUAGAUGAGUGGAAGAGAGAAAAGUGAGGAGUGAUUCUGUGAGGUAAAAAAUGCACUAUAACUGAUGGGAAUUUGGGUAAUAGUUUACAGUAUGUCAGGUUUUUUUUUUUUUUUUUUUAAAGAUUAUGGGACGAGGAAGAAACCAACGACACUACAAUGUGGGGGAAACACAGUAAGAGAUUAUAGAUGUAAAAUGGUUAUAAUAGGACUGCGCUCUGGCAUGAUGCAAGUACACAGUUAGAACGGUAGGUGGCGGUAUGCGCUUGUGUUUAGAAUAAAAGAAGAAGCGUAAGUAGCAUUUUUCCCCGGAAGCAGAGAGCACGUGGUGUGUCGCAGGCUUAGGGUGGAACAUGGCCCACACGGACUCAGUCAAAGCGAGUGUCCCCUCGUAUUUAAAGGAAGCACAGAUGAUUAAACAGGGCGCGGAAGCCCGUGUCUAUCGAGGUACGUUUUUGGGUCGGUCCGUGAUUAUCAAAGAGAGAUUCCCAAAAUUAUAUCGCCACCCUGAAGUCGAUGAGAAACUGACGCGCCGCAGAACCACUCAGGAGGUGCGAUCCAUACUGCGAUGCAGGAGAGCAGGUAUCAGCGCACCCGUUGUUUAUUUUGUUGACUACACCACUCAUUGCAUUUUCUUGGAGGAUAUUAUUCACUCAGUGUCAGUAAGAGACCACAUUGCAUCGGCUCAAGCGUCAGAACAAAACCCACAGCAUCUCCAGACUCUAGCAGACAAGAUUGGUGAAAUCCUGGCUCAGAUGCAUGAUGAAGAUGUCAUCCAUGGUGAUCUCACCACCUCCAACAUGCUUCUGGUCAGUGGAGCUGAAGACCAGAACAUGAAGCUGGUUCUGAUCGACUUUGGGUUGAGUUAUAUUUCUGCUCUACCAGAAGAUAAAGGCGUUGACCUGUACGUGUUGGAGAAAGCUUUUCUCAGCACUCAUCCCAGAACAGAGACUUUAUUUGAGAGACUUCUGAAAAGUUACUCUGCUUCAUCCAAAAAGUCCUCCGCGGUCAUCAAAAAACUGGAUGAAGUUCGAUUGAGAGGUCGGAAGAGGUCUAUGGUGGGAUGAAGUGCAUUACACCAUAUAUUCUGGCAUUGAAAUGGUUUCACACAGGAUUUGCUUCAAGCUUACAGCUGUAGUUUGAUGUUGGAAGUGUAGUCUUCUUUGAAGUACAUGAAUGUGUAAAGUUGUUCGACACAGUGAACAUUAACGUAAUGAAUGCUUUAAACUCAAAUUCUCCAAUUCAGUCUGAGUGCAUAAUAGACAAAUGCACACCCUCGACUGAAGACUGAUUCAAACACGUGGAAAUCCACUGAUGUCUGGCCAACCUGAUCGAUUUUUAAUGAAUUUUGGCAAAGAGUAACUUUUUUUUUUUCUUUUUCUUACUGUACUGCUUCAUCUAUGGUUACAUAUAAUUAAUAUAGUGCAAUAAUAAUUGCCAAAAAAUGGCAGCUGAAUUUGAGCCCUACUAAAAAUACAUGUGUAAACACGUACAUCAACAUGUUC